UGAUACGAUAUUAAUAACUUAGCCGCAAUUUUUUCCCUUUGUCGGAUAGCUUGCCUUUAUAUACUGAGAUGUGCAAGGCGGUCUUAUCUGCAGUUGCCAUCUUGUUGACGCUGUACGUGACAGUGGUCAGUGGCAAUUACCUUCCAAAGACUCUCCUGGAAUGUUUUGACCAUAAAGUUGAAAAUAGCCAUGAAGGUGUAGCAUUAGCUCGAGAUCUACAGAAACAUUGCCUUGACAUGUUCUUACAUCCCACGAUAAAGAGAAAUAUGACGACGGAUGAAGUCAACUAUCUUCAAUCCAUAUUCCGAAAAAUUAUCUCCGAAUCAAAUCAUGGAAGCAGAGUCAAAAGACGUACCAAACUGUUAGAAGUGUUUCCGAAACGUAUCAGACGAGAGGUCCGAGAUCCUAUGAGUAAUUGGCCAAAAUAUUCUGCAGCAGUACGGAGGCUGAAAUUUGAUAUGAGUGGUGGUACUGGUACGAGUCGAUAUGAUACAAUAGCAGAUCUCCAUAGAAUAGCUAUAGAUGAAGCACAUGGUGGGCCAAACUUUUGUCCCUGGCAUAGAUUGUAUUUGCUGAUAUUUGAGACAGCUUGUGGUAUAGCUAUCCCAUUCUGGGAUUCUUCUAUUGAUUUUGAAAUGGCAGAUCCAACUGAAUCAAAGAUUUGGACAGAAGACUAUUUCGGGAACGGUUUUGGUGAAGUAGAGUCUGGACCAUUUAGUGGAUUUGAUACGCCAAUUGGACCACUUAUACGUAAUAUUGGGUCAGAUGGUUCUCUUUUUCAGAAGACUGGAAUCUUGCGCUUGUUAUCCAAGAGAAGAUUUGCUGAAAUAAAUGUAGGCACUUCCCCAGAUGGUGAAAAUCUUGAAGACCAGCAUGGACAAGUCCACAUUUGGUGCGACGGACAAAUGAACAACUUAGAAAGGAGUCCAUUUGAUCCAGUCUUUUGGUCACAUCAUUGUUUUGUUGAUUACAUCUGGGAACUAUUCCGUACAAGACAGAAAUCAUUGGGAAUCAAUCCUGCAACUGACUUUAUUCCCACCAACAUAACUGGUCAAUCACCAAACGACGAAGCAAGAGGAAUCACGGGAUAUCUAAAUGUUGAUGGAUAUUCAAACCGCAUCGCUAAACUUGUUGAGUACAAACUUACACCAUCCUGUCCCAAGUGUAGUAAUAGUGACGCCUUGCAUUGUGACCGGGCAAAACAAAUGUGCAUUGCUGAUGACAGGACUGUUAACUCGUACGUCGGUCACCAAGAAGACGCUGUUAAGAUUGCAAACAAAUAUGGUCUUUCAAAUGGAAACCAUGGCCCUGCAUUUAAUCUCAUGUACCGAGAUGCUCGAGUCAGAGUAGAUUCGGUAACAUUAGUUUACCGAAUAGUUCGACAAACUUCCAAGAAGUUGUACUAUGGUUUACCGCAUCAAACCAAAAAAUCUUAUUACCGAGUACCGUACACUUACAAAGGGACAUUUCAGAAAAGACUGUCCGUAACCAAAUGGUAUUAAACAGGUUUCAAAGUCCCAUUUAAAAAAGAAAACUUAUUUAUAAAUAAAAUUUUUACCUUUUGUUGUUUUACAGUAAAAAAAAAUAUGUGUUAAGACUCAGAUCGACGUCCGCUCUCUAAUCGACGUCUAAUCUGAUGUAACAUUCUCAAGUCAAGGUUUCAAUAUUUUGUACCAUGUGAUCAUGGAAGUAUUAUAUCGAUUUCAUUUUACUUCCAUGGAAAUACCAAAGCGACGUCCGAGCAAUAGGUGUCUCCUCUAAUCGAUGUCAAAUAUGAUUUAAUCAUUUGUUUUCUAUAUGAUGUUAAUUUAUUCUCUGUAGUGCUAGUUUUUUCCCCGUAUAGAUUCUAAUGCUGCCUAAAUAGAACAUUACACAUCAUAAUGAUUUAGUUGACUCAGAAAAGAAAUAGGGGAAACAACAUCCCAUCUCAAAAAAUUAUCAACUAGUUGCAUCGGCAAAUGACAACACGGACAACAAAUUAUAUGGACAUUUAAAAUGUGUGGAAGACGUUGAUCCACUCGAUUUACGUUGUCUUAUUCCUUUCAUAUGCAUAUGGAUAAAGGGAAAUGUGGUUGUAUGUCAAUGAGACAGCAACCAAACAACAAAGAUAACCGAAAGAUAUCU